GAAUGAACUACAUGCAGAGAUAAAACAAUGUCAAAAAAUGUAAACUAAAAUACAAAUAAAUUAUUUUUAAUCUUUACAUUUAAUCACUCAAUGGAUGACAAUCAAAUAGCCACUUUUUCUACCUAAUAAUGACAUGUUGAUGACUGAUUAAUCUUCAGAUAGUGAUACUUAUAGAAUCAAUAUAUUGUGUGGAUUAUUGUUAUAGUUUUUUUUAUAGUUCAAACUUAUUUAUUGUUCUGUCAAACAGAGAUUCUGUUGAAUGAGUAACUACAGUUUUCAGUGAGCGUACACAUUUAUCUAUUGUUGGUUUUAGAAUACAUUUGAAAUAAACUAAACGUUACAAUCGGGAAUAUUGAUUUGUUUAAAUUUGUGUUUUUUUUGUUUUUGUUUUUGCCCACAUUUAAGGUUUAGAAUGGGCAACAUGAUGAGUAGAUAUGUGGAAAUUAAACCAUACUAAACACUAUAUAGUUUAAAACAAAGUGAUAUAAAAUAUAUCUGCAAAAUGAGAUCAAAUUUGACUGGAUGAUGCUGUUAGAUUUGAAUUAUAUGCUCUCGGACGUAUACAUUUGCUUUGAUAAUCUGUUAUCUUAACAAUAUAUUAGGCAUAAACAGUGAGCAGCUCAAUAAUAGAUGCAAACAUGCUUUAUCAUCUCCUAAAAAUCACUUUAUUACAAAAAUAAAUACAAAUAGCUUAAUUUAGUUCGGAACUUAACUUUUUUUAAAAUAUCUAAUCUAGAAAUAUGGGAAUUCAUUGCACCUGUUUGUUUACACAAACACCACAGCCACUUACAGGUGAAUUAUUUCCUAUUCCAGAACCCUUGAAUGGCGAUGUGCUUCAGUAACAAUACAUCACAUCCUGUGAGAGAGCCACGUUGGUUUGUGGAGGGAAAACAGGCCUGUAAUUGAUUUCCUUUGUGUCUUUGUCUCUCCUGUGCAUUUUCCUGCGGCAUUCAGGAGACGAGCACGAGAAGGGGAUGAGAGAUAGAAAAAGGAGGCCACCAUGAGCCCUCCUCCAUGACUGCAGAAAGGCAGAGCAGCUCCGGCAGCACCACAGAGAAGAGAACCACCCCUCUACCUGGUGAGGAAGCCAGGGACCGGGGCAGUCAUGGCAGCGAACAUGUACCGGGUUGGAGAUUAUGUUUAUUUUGAGAACUCGUCCAGUAACCCACUGCUGAUCAGGAGGAUAGAGGAGCUGAACAAGACAGCCAAUGGGAACGUGGAGGCCAAAGUGGUGUGUUUUUACCGACGCAGAGACAUCUCCACCACACUCAUCGCUCUGGCAGACAAACAUGCGAGGGAGCUGGAGGAGGAAAUGGAGAAUCCAGAGAUGGCCGAUCUCCCUGAGAAACAGAAGCACCAACUCCGACACAGAGAGCUGUUUCUGUCCCGCCAGCUGGAGUCCUUACCCGCCACACACAUCAGGGGAAAAUGCUGCGUGACUUUGCUGAACGAGACCGAAGCUCUGAAGUCGUACUUGGACAGAGAGGAUGCCUUCUUCUACUCGCUGGUGUAUGACCCUCAGCAGAAGACCCUGCUGGCUGAUAAGGGGGAGAUUCGAGUCGGGAACAAAUACCAGGCGGACAUCACCGACCUCCUCCAAGAAGAUGAAGAUGAUGAGAGGGACCUGGCCAAGCUGGAGGAGAAGGUGUGGGACCCCAACAGCUCACUAACGGAGAAACAGAUCGACCAGUUUUUGGUCGUAGCUCGCUCAGUAGGUACGUUCGCCAGAGCGUUGGACUGCAGCAGCUCGGUGCGGCAGCCGAGCCUCCACAUGAGCGCCGCUGCAGCUUCCAGAGACAUCACGUUGUUCCACGCCAUGGACACCCUCCAUGCCGCAGGCUACGACAUGACCCGGGCCAUCGCCGCGCUGGUGCCCCAGGGGGGGCCCGUCCUCUGCAGGGACGAGAUGGAGGAGUGGAGCGCCUCGGAGGCGAAUCUGUUUGAGGAGGCGCUGGAGAAAUAUGGCAAAGACUUCACGGAUAUCCAGCAAGAUUUUUUGCCCUGGAAGUCUCUGACGAGUAUAAUCGAGUAUUACUACAUGUGGAAGACCACGGACAGAUAUGUGCAGCAGAAACGGCUAAAAGCAGCAGAAGCAGAGAGCAAGCUGAAACAAGUCUACAUCCCCAACUACAACAAGCCCAACCCGAACCAGCUGAGCAACAACGUCAAGCCAGCUCUUCUGAACGGAGCGGUGGGUGGAGGCGUCCCGGGACCGCCGGGCUCGGCCCAGGUCCCCGGGCUGGGCAGAGCCUGUGAAAGCUGCUACACCAACAGCUCUUACCAGUGGUACUCCUGGGGCCCCCCCAGCAUGCAGUGCCGCCUGUGCGCUUCAUGCUGGACCUACUGGAAGAAGUACGGAGGCCUGAAGAUGCCGACGCGGCUGGAGGGGGAGAGGCCGGGACCCAACCGCAGCACCAUGAGCCCCCACGGCCUCCCCAUGCGGCACAGCGGCAGCCCCAAGUUUGCAGUGAAGACCCGGCAGGCGUUCUAUCUGCAGACCACCGCGCUGACCCGGGUGGCCCGCCGCCUCUGCCAGGACAUCAUCCGGCCCCGAUAUUUGGCCCGACACCCCUACCUCCCUGUCAACACAGCGUCCAUCAAAGCAGAAUGCGCACUACGGUUACCAGACAGGCCCAAAAAGCCUGCGCCACUGAAACCAGUGCAGCGUAAACCUCUGGAGUCUGUGGUCCGGUACUUAGAAGCACAUCCCCGUCCUCCGAAGCCGGACCCUCCGGUCCGCGGUCCCUCCAUCUCGACAGGCAGCUUGACGCCCAUAAAGUCCUCCCCCAUCCUGAACAACGGCUCCCCCACCAUCCUGGGCAAACGCAGCUAUGAGCAGCACAACGGGCUGGAUGGGAAGUCCAAAGGCCUGACUCCUCAGUGGGAAAUCAUGGCCAAACGGGUCAGCGAUGCGAGCCGAGUGGCCGCCUCCCUGCAGGAGGAAGUUCACGAACUGGACUGAGUUUCUGCGAGAACGGCGUCGACCGCAAACACGAGUGAGACGUGCUUUUAACAUUUGAAGGCAGCUGAUGGGAGCUGGAGCAGCGAGGAGGAGACCGCAUUGGCCACUUUUCUUCAGUCGGUCCGGUUCUGCUGGAGUCCAUAAUCGAUCACUGGCGUCUCUCAGCGGACGAGCCCGACUGUACAGGACUGUGUUUAUUAUUUACAUUUCUCGUUAUUACUGUCUUUGUAAUUAUUGUUAUUAUUGUUAUUAUUUUUCUUUUUUUUUACCAAUUAUAACUCAGCUUAUUGUUUGUCGAUCAAAUGAUGAAACUUCUGAAGUUUUGGGUGGAAGGAGGGAAAGAUGAGCCACUUGCAUCGUCAGUUUUCUCUAAACCGUUGGAAAGGAGACGCACUUUUCCUUCAGCUCGUCCUUUGUUCGUCCGUUAGCGGAGGCGUCGUGAGCCGGUUCUGCUCUCCGGCCCGACAGGUUUAACUUAUUGAAGGUGUUUUUUCUACCUUUUACACAGUUAAUGCUUCAAUUCUGUAAUAAAAAAAAGAAAAAAAAAACAAUCUAAAGGAUCUUUCCCUCUCAUUUUGGCGUCUCCGUACACGAGGAGGUGAAAGCUGUCAAAACUUUGCACUGAUUGUUCCCUUUUUCCAGCUGGUGUUGGCCUGUUUUUCUUACUCCUCAGAGGUAUGCAAACAGGGUAUAUGCAAAUCACCGGAGACUUUUCAUUCCUAAUGGCUUUGUAUGUUACCAGUAUUAGAUCAGAUUUGAUGCUCAACGGCAACAUGUUUUGUAAGGAAACAUCUGAAAAAACGAAGAAGCAGGAAUACAGUCUGCUUUCAUGUCCA